AUGGGUCCCGCUGUCGGUAUCGAUUUGGGUACCACGUACUCUUGCGUGGGUAUCUUCCGUGAGGAUCGAUGUGAUAUCAUCGCCAACGACCAGGGUAACCGAACUACCCCCUCAUUCGUCGGUUUCACCGACACCGAGCGUCUGAUUGGUGAUGCCGCCAAGAACCAGGUCGCCAUGAACCCCCAGAACACCGUCUUCGACGCCAAGCGAUUGAUCGGUCGCAAGUUCGCCGAUGCUGAGGUCCAGGCCGACAUGAAGCACUUCCCUUUCACAAUCAUCGACAAGGCCGGCAAGCCCGUCAUCGAGGUUGAGUUCAAGGGUGAGAAGAAGACCUUCACCCCUGAGGAGAUCUCCGCCAUGAUCCUCACCAAGAUGCGUGAGACCGCUGAGUCUUACCUUGGCGAGACUGUCAACAACGCCGUUGUCACCGUCCCUGCCUACUUCAACGACUCUCAGCGCCAGGCUACCAAGGACGCUGGUCUCAUCGCCGGUCUCAACGUUCUCCGAAUCAUCAACGAGCCUACCGCUGCUGCCAUUGCCUACGGUCUCGACAAGAAGGUUGAGGGCGAGCGCAACGUCCUCAUCUUCGAUCUUGGUGGUGGUACAUUCGAUGUCUCUCUCCUCACCAUUGAGGAGGGUAUCUUCGAGGUCAAGUCCACCGCUGGUGACACUCACUUGGGUGGUGAAGAUUUCGACAACCGUCUGGUCAACCACUUCGUUAACGAGUUCAAGCGAAAGCACAAGGUUCAUCAUCAUCAUCAUCAUCACAACUCAGGUGUUUCUCUGAAACAUGAGCACCUACCUACCAAUGUCCUGAUUCCACUGGCGCUUGUCUUCCUACUGCUAGAUCAUGGCGACAUCAGCACUACAGCAUCUUUUCACGACACCCUCAAGACACGGUCAUGGCAUGGUCAUGGUAUGGCAUGGCAAUCAAUUGCUGCUUAUUUUUUGCCGACAUCAUGGCUCCUGCCCCAUCCCAUGGUUAACAGAGCAGUGGCAAUUCUACUUGUUCGCAUGGCUAUUACCUGCCAUGGUUUGAGCCAUGGGACAGGUAUUCCUGGCUCAAUCAUCGCUCCUGCCAGACGAACUUUUUUCACCUCAGCACUUGCCAUCCUGGAACACCGCACCUGCCAUCCCCACCAGUACUGCCAGUCAUUCCUGCCAUCCUCACCAUCCUUCAGCUUGGUCCUGCCAGGAAUUGCCGGCAAUGCUCAGUGUCUUCCUUCCCAUAUGUCUGAACUGGACGCCUCCAAGACAGACCUUACCAGACUCAUUCUCUUUCUCUGCUGGUCUCUCCUCCACAUCAGAACUUACAUCCAUCCUACGUACACUCUCGCAGUUACCUCUUUCAAUACCCUCUCGUUCUGGAUUGAGCUUGCUGAGCUCUCCUUCUGCCCUGGCCUCUUCGACACACUCUGUAGGGCUGCACCGCCUGAUUAUGUCUGGUUCAAGAGUCUUCCUGCCUCUAUUCCUGCUAAGCACUGGGGUGUUUAUGUGCUGGUGCUUAAGAAGCCUGGCUGUGCUCCUGCUAUCUACAUCGGUUCGGGUACAGGUUCUAAGUACGGGGUGUCCCAGCGUCUCAGUGGUCAUCAAGCUGGUAAUGCUUGUCCAUACUAUGUCGACAAAGCCAAGGGAGAUGGUUUCGCUAUUACUCACAUGGCUCUACUUGUUUCAUGUCCCAUCCCAGCUCCAGCCGACCAACCUCGAUUUCGCGUUCUAUUGCAUCUACUUGAAGCUGCAUUUCAUGCCAUAUUCUGGUGCUUACGUCCUCGAGAUGCACCAUAUGGGAUUGAACACUUGGCACCUUGGUCCCCUGACUCUUACCCAUGGGAUGGCCUGUGUUCCCAUACUCCUAUGUCUGAAGGCGCUCAAGUUCGCAAGGGAGAUCUGGGUCUUACUGCUGAACAGCUUGAAGCAAUGGCUGCCAUGGUCAAAGCCAAAGACCGUGCUUACCAGGCGAACUACGGGAAAGCUCUACGUGCUAAUCCAACUCCUGAACACAUUGCCCGGACCAGAGCCAACAAUAUCAAGCAAGCUCCAGCAACCAAGAUCCGCCAGCAAGAAGCUGUUACCAACCAGACCUACCACUGUUCUGUCUGCAAUGUGUCUUGUCGCGAUGCUGCCUCUCUGGACCGCCAUAACAAGACAAAGCGGCACAAGAAGAAGACAGAGAUGGGAGAUGAUGAUUACCAUUGCGAACCUUAUCUCGGCACCAACGUUCGUGCUCUCCGACGUCUUCGAACCGCUUGUGAGCGUGCCAAGCGAACUCUCUCUUCUUCCGCUCAGACCUCCAUCGAGAUCGACUCUCUUUUCGAGGGUAUCGACUUCUACACCUCCAUCACCCGUGCUCGUUUCGAGGAGCUCUGCCAGGAUCUCUUCCGAUCCACUAUUCAGCCCGUCGACCGUGUCCUUACUGACGCCAAGAUCGACAAGUCCCUUGUCCACGAGAUCGUCCUCGUCGGUGGAUCUACCCGUAUCCCCCGUGUCCAGAAGCUCAUCACCGACUACUUCAACGGAAAGGAGCCCAACAAGUCCAUCAACCCCGAUGAGGCUGUUGCCUACGGUGCCGCUGUCCAGGCUGCUAUUCUCUCUGGUGACACCUCUAGCAAGGCCACCAACGAGAUUCUUCUUCUCGACGUUGCCCCUCUCUCUCUCGGUAUUGAGACCGCUGGUGGUAUGAUGACCAAGCUCAUCCCCCGCAACACCACCAUUCCCACCAAGAAGUCCGAGGUCUUCUCUACCUUCUCCGACAACCAGCCUGGUGUCCUUAUCCAGGUCUACGAGGGUGAGCGUCAGCGCACUAAGGACAACAACCUCAUGGGCAAGUUCGAGCUCACUGGUAUCCCCCCUGCUCCCCGUGGUGUUCCCCAGAUUGAGGUCACCUUCGAUCUUGAUGCCAACGGUAUCAUGAACGUCUCCGCCGUUGAGAAGGGCACCGGCAAGUCCAACAAGAUUGUCAUCACCAACGACAAGGGCCGCCUGUCUAAGGAGGAGAUUGAGCGCAUGCUCAGCGAUGCCGAGAAGUACAAGGAGGAGGAUGAGGCCGAGGGCAAGCGUGUCGCUGCCAAGAACGGUCUUGAGUCUUACGCCUACUCUCUCCGCAACACUCUCUCUGACCCCAAGGUCGAGGAGAAGAUUGAGGCUUCCGACAAGGAGACCCUCACUGCUGAGAUUGAUAAGGUCGUCCAGUGGCUCGAUGACAACCAGCAGGCUACUCGUGAGGAGUACGAGGAGCACCAGAAGGAGCUCGAGGGCAAGGCCAACCCCAUCAUGAUGAAGUUCUACGGAGCUGGUGGUGAGGGUGCUCCUGGUGGCAUGCCCGGUGGUCCUGGUGGCUUCCCUGGUGCUGGUGGCCCCGCUCCCGGCGCUGGUGGUGACGAUGGUCCCACCGUCGAGGAGGUCGACUAA